GCUUGGAAAACGUGCUGACUGCCGGUUAGCGAAAUCAAGCUCUCUAAAACCAUCCGAUUCCCCUACAUUUACGCAUCAGUUAUCGAUUCAACAGAAUGUAUCGUCUACCAAGUAUCCUGCGACCGGCGGUGGCUCGACAUCUCAAGCCCGCCCUCUGUCGUGCCUAUGCUAAGGACAUCAAGUUUGGAGCAGACUCCAGAGCUGCCAUGCUACAGGGUGUGGACUUGCUAGCUGAUGCGGUAGCUGUGACCAUGGGACCAAAGGGACGUAAUGUCAUCAUAGAACAAAGCUGGGGCAGCCCAAAGAUCACCAAGGAUGGUGUGACCGUUGCCAAGGCUAUCGACCUCAAAGACAAAUGGCAAAACGUUGGUGCUAAACUUGUACAGGACGUAGCGAACAACACAAAUGAGGAGGCUGGGGACGGUACCACCACUGCUACUGUCCUGGCCCGUGCUAUUGCCAAAGAAGGAUUCGAGAAGAUUAGCAAGGGAGCUAAUCCAAUUGAGAUUAGAAAAGGGGUAAUGAUGGCUGUUGAACAUGUCGUUGAUAGUCUACGAGCCAUGUCAAAACAAGUCACAACACCAGAUGAGAUUGCUCAGGUUGCCACUAUCUCUGCAAAUGGAGACAAAAAUAUUGGAGACCUUAUUUCAGCAGCGAUGAAGAAAGUUGGCAAGGAUGGCGUCAUCACAGUAAAGGAUGGCAAGACGUUGAAAGAUGAGCUAGAAAUAAUUGAGGGGUUGAAGUUUGACCGCGGAUACAUAUCUCCGUACUUCAUGAACACACCUAAGGGGGCCAAGUGUGAAUUCCAAGAUGCAUUGGUCCUAUUCAGUGAGAAAAAGAUCUCCAGCGCGCAAUCUAUCAUUCCUGCUUUAGAAAUUGCCAACACGAAGCGAAAACCAUUGUUGAUUAUUGCUGAGGAUAUUGAUGGUGAAGCCCUUAGUACAUUAGUUUUGAACAGAUUGAAAGUGGGUCUUCAAGUGUGUGCCGUCAAAGCACCCGGGUUCGGUGACAAUAGGAAAAACACCAUGGUUGACAUGGCGAUUGCCUCCGGUGGAACAGUGUUUGGUGACGAGGGAGAGAUGUUCAAGCUUGAAGAUGUCCAGCCACAUGACCUUGGAGAGGUCGGGGAGGUCGUCGUGACCAAGGACGACACACUGCUCAUGAAGGGCAAGGGUGAUGCCAAGGAACUCGAAAAGCGCCUCCAGCAGAUCAAGGAAGAAAUCGACCGCUCAACGUCCGAUUACGAGAAGGAGAAAUACCAUGAGCGAAUGGCCAAACUUUCAAAUGGUGUUGCAGUUGUUAAGGUCGGAGGUUCAAGUGAGGUGGAAGUAAAUGAGAAGAAGGACCGAAUGACAGAUGCCCUGAAUGCUACCAGAGCAGCGGUUGAAGAAGGCAUCGUCAUCGGAGGUGGUGUUGCCCUGUUGAGGUGUAUCCCGGGUUUAGAUAAUGUCAAAGUACCUAAUAAUGACCAGCAAGUUGGUGUUGACAUCGUCCGUAAGGCCCUGCGAAUCCCUUGCCAAACGAUCGCAAGCAAUGCUGGUGUCGACGCAUCCCUAGUGGUAGCUAAGUUACAGGCUGAGAGUGUAACGAAUACAGGAUAUGACGCCCUCAAUGACAAAUAUGUUGACAUGAUCACGGCCGGUAUCAUUGAUCCAACAAAGGUUGUACGAACAGCGUUAAUGGAUGCUGCCGGCGUAGCAUCACUCUUGACGACGGCCGAGGCAGUUGUCACGGAAAUACCGGCUGAGGAGAAGGCUGGUGGUAUGCCCGGUGGUGGAAUGGGAGGCAUGGGUGGUAUGGGAGGUAUGGGAGGAAUGGGUGGUAUGAUGUAAAGACUAUGGACUGGCACCAUUCAUGACCUAUUGCGCUAUGUCUGUGAAAUGUUGGCAACGGAUUGAAAAUCUGAGGUAGCACAGAUGCUGAAGAACAAAGGAUUCGAUUGAUUGAAUCGUUUCUGAUCAGUGGUUGGAUUGGCGAGCCUGAAGGAUUGAGUCAAUGCAAUUUCUUUCACAAUCAUGUCUUCAUUAUAAUUCCGAACAAAGCAUUCACUGUUUUAUUGGUGGUGAUUUGUGGGUGCAAAAAUAAAAUAUCUGAUAUUUUUUGGAUGGCCGUGUCAUAGCAAAACACAGGCUGUUCCCAAGAAGUUCACUUUAUUUUUGAAACAACAAAGCUUCAUCAAUAUUCUUGACCAUGUUAAUUUGCUCACAGAAUGCAUUUGUCAAGUAGGUGUAUUUAUUCUUUAUUUGUGAAAAGUCUGAACAAUCUCAUUAAAACCAACCUUUCCCUUUUCAAACUCUGUAGUAGAUACGGUGAAUUGGGUGACUUUGUUUCCUCAUGCAUGAAUCGACUAAUCAACCUGGGAUAUAAAUUGGUGGCCAAAACUUGUGUCCCUCUUUAUCUCGCUGAUAAUAAUACUGACGACACCGGAAAUUGAUGUGAAAUUUUGAUUUCUUAGUCCAGUGAUAAUAAUAUGCUAAAAACUUGUAUGUAGUUGAAUGAUUCUAAGAGAAAAGUUCUUAAAUUUAGGUAAUGACGUACAUGUAAGUUCAGUCUAGCUAGACUGACUUGUUUGAUUUGGUAGUGUGUGAUUCCGACAUUAGAGGGCAGAAGUGUUGCUUGAUCAACAACACUGCUGCAACAGUUGUGUAAGAGUACAAGCAUUUGUUGUAUAGAAGAGAAAAGAAUAAGGGAGGAUUUUUAAAUAAAGUGUAUAUAUGACAUAA